AUGGUUGUAAAUUGUGCGGGUUGUGUUUGGAGUGCUCUGUUCUUGAUUGUACGUGAAUUUGAAGAUAUUUACAUGGCGUUUUGAGUAUUUCAGAGUUCUUUAUGGGAUUUUUGACCAUUUUUUAGGGGUUUUUGAUGAUUAUUUGUAAAAUUUUGAAGAUUUUUGGGAAUUUUAAAAUUUCACAGACAAUCAGCGUCUAUGAGAAAGGGUUUUCAACAGUUUUGGUUGGCAAUGCCAUUAGACGAAAUCAUCAAAAUCCAUUUUUAAGCACUUUUUUGCCAAAAAUCCCCCGCGUCCCGACAUUUCGGGUCAGGGACAACUCGGGUCGCGACAACUCGGGUCAACGACAACUCGGGUCAACGACAACUCGGGUCAACGACACUUCGGGUCAACGACAUUUCGGGUCAACGAUACCGUUUAAUAUUUUCGCUUCGGGACUGUGAAAAAAGAAUUUUUUGGUGAAUUUGAGAAAUUUUUGAAAUGUUUUCGUUUCGGGAGUUGGAAAAAAAAGGAUUUUUUGUGAAAUUUGAAAAAAAUUUGAAGUGUUUUCGCUUCGGGACUGGGAAAAAAAAGAUUUUUUGGAAAAUUCAACAAAAUUUUGAAAUGUUUUCGCAUCGGAAGUAGAAAAAAGGGUGUCUGACUGAAUAUUAACUGUGGUGCCGGCAGCACUAAAAUUUUGUCUAAAACCAAUGGUACCACCUGGUACUAUAUAGUACCACGUGUUUUUGGGCUCUACUAACAAGGGAAGUCACUUUUUUCGCAGAUCGAUCCAUACUGGUGACCUAGUGGACAGUGAAGGCCUCAGGCUGUGUAAGAAGAAUCUGGCGUCCAAAAGUGUUUACGGGUCCUGAGGGCAGAGUUAUGGCUCAUAAAAGUUCGCGCAAAAAAGGUUCCGAAAAGACCCUCCAAAAAAACGGGAUCAGAGAAGUGAGCUUCGGUAGCAGAGUGGUUCGCAGAUUUUUCUUUUGUCUGGAAGGGCUAGGGUUCGAUUCCUCUUCCCGGCAAUAAAUAAAAAUAAUAUUGUAAAAGUAGCGUAAGUAACAAAAAAAAUAUUUAAAAAAUUUUUUUUAAAAUUAUUAUUAAGUCGUUAAAAAAAUGACGAUUUUGUUCAUAUCGUCGCUAAAUUUAUCAUCUGUCCAGACAGCAAGCGUUUGACUCAAACGCUUCAGCAUGAUAUCAUGAUCACCAAGGGCGUCUUCUAAAACAUCAGAGAGAUACAUAUUGAGAAUCCCCGUCCUACCUUUACGCCAAAGUUCCCGCAGUUUUCUCCAAUGAUACGGCGUCUUCAUCCACCGUAAUCGCCGCAUUAUUCCAGAAAUUGAAUGCGAUCCUCGGCGGAAAAAUGCCCUCGCAUCCCUCACUGUGUCCAAGCUCACAACGACUUCCCCAAAUUUUAACGACAGGAUAAUAAAAUUUUUCAAAAAAUGUUUCAAAACAAUUUUUUUGUAACUUACGCUACUCUUAUAAUACAAUAUUAUUUUUAGUUAUUGCCGGGAAGAGGAAUCGAACCCUAGCCCUUCCAGACAAAAGAAAAAUCUGCGAACCACUCUGCUACCGAAGCUCACUUCUCUGAUCCCGUUUUUUUGGAGGGUCUUUUCGGGACCUUUUUUGCGCGAACUUUGAUGAGCCAUAACUCUGCCCUCAGGGCCCGUAAACACUUUUGGACGCCAGAUUCUUCUUACACAGCCUGAGGCCUUCACAGUCCACUAGGUCACCAGUAUGGAUCGAUCUGCGAAAAAAGUGACUUCCCUUGUAAGCACCAAACCAUCACCAUUACUGCCUCAUGACCAAAUUUUCACUUCUCACAAAACAGUACCAGUUGGUACUAUAUAGUACCAAGUGUAAAAACGUGUUUUUGGGUUCUACUAAGCACCAAACCAACGCCAUUACCGCCUUACGGCCAAAUUUGCACCUCGUACUAUAUAGUACCAGGUAGUACUAUUUAGUACCAAGUGUUAAAAAUGUGUUUUUAAGCAGUACUAGGCACCAAAACAACACCAUUAACGUCUAAAAGUGCUAUAAGUCGAAAAAUUUUCAAAAAGAAUCCCUAAAGGCAGUAAGGUAACAGAAACCCAGUUUUCAUAUUCAGUCAGUUCAUACUCAGUCAGCUCGAAAACCUUUCAAAUUUUUUUCAAUUUUCACAAAAAAUCCUUUUGUUAAAAGUCCCGAAGCGAAAACAUUUCAAAUUUUAUUCAAAUUUCACAAAAAAUCCUUUUUUUCCAAGUCCCGAAGCGAAAAAAUUUCAAAUUUUAUUCAAAUUUCACAAAAAAUCCUUUUUUUCCAAGUCCCGAAGCGAAAACAUUUGAAAAAUUUUUUAAAUUCACCAAAAAAUUCUUUUUUCCAAGUCCCGAAGCGAAAAUAUUAAACGGUAUCGUUGACCCGAAAUGUCGUUGACCCGAGGUGUCGUUGACCCGAAGUGUCGUUGACCCGAGUUGUCGUUGACCCGAGUUGUCGCGACCCGAGUUGUCCCUGACCCGAAAUGUCGUAGCGCCAAAUCCCCUACAGAGUUCCAUUUUCCUCCUUUUUCUUCAAAAAAUCAUCAUUUUCUCUGUUUUUUCCUAACCAAAUUAUUUUAUGUACAUCACUUACAGGUAAUUCCAACUUUUGUCGUGUCAAAUCAUGCCGCAUCUCAGACAAAUCUCACUUGGAUGGAGAUGAAAAACCCGCCGAAAGGCUUUUUCUACGACGAAAAAAUGGAGCUCAAACUGAAAGAAGGAGUGUAUCGGCAUACUGAUCGAAUCAAGAGGAUGUUCAAGAGGCCCACGGAGUACUCGUUGUUGGAUAUGUUCUGCUUUCCGCACGACUGUUGGGUGGUGUUUUGCGUCCGGCGUGAUGAUGGGUAAGGACGAUUUUAGCAUUGUCAAAUCUCUGUACAAGUGUAAGAUGGGGAACAAGUUCCUUAUUCUGGCCUCAACAAAGGUACUCUUCGAACUGCGCCCAAGCUUGGGACCUAAAGUUAGGAAGAAAGGCCUCGACUUAGCUGGAACUUAAUUACUAUAAUAGCUCUAUUACUUUAAGGGUACCUACGAAGGCUAUGACGGCUCAUUUAGCUCUAUACGGAGGCAAUAAGUUUGGUUCUGGACAUGUCUCAUCGUAUAAAGUGUAAAAUGGCAGGCUGCAGCCGUUUUUAAAGGGUAAGGUGGUACGUAAAAAAGAAGGUACCUAAACUAGCUAAAGCCACUGUCCGGGCAUUGACAACGCUGAAUUGAGCCUGCACGCCAAAUUUGGGCCAAUUCUGUCCAGUUUCCGCAAAGUUAUAAGUCGUGGCCAGAAUAAGGAACUUUUACGUAAGAUGGGAAAAGUUUUGUCAUAGAAUUUUGGAGAGUAUUUUAAGCCUAAAAUUGGCUUUUUAAACUAUGGAAUUAUUUGUCAUUGUAAAGUUUUUUUAUCGAUUUUUUGCAUGUUUCAGAUCGGCAUUAAUCUCAGUGCAUCCGGAAGUGACGGGUUUUUCAUUGGCCACGACGGUUUUGGAUAAAAAUGGUAAAUUUUGAGCCAUUUAAAAUUUAUUUGGAGUGGCCCGAACCCAGUCCGUAUGCAAAAUUUUGGCCAAGUCCUAGCGGUGGACUUGGCAAACUUCUCUUUUUCAAACUUUUUCAUUUUUCAUAUUUCAGGCAAAUUCCUGACCGAAACUUCCGUCACGCAAUAUGUUCAAUUCCUCUUGUCUGUCCCAUUCGUUUUUGGAAGUCUGGAGCACAACACAACCAAGCCGGUGCGAAUCUACAACUCCGGGUUGGGCUUUGGGACCAUGGCGAUGGCUUUGGCUAGUAUUAAUCCAAUGGUAGCUUUUUGGGGGGUUUUUUAUUUUAAAAUUUUUAGGGGAAAUACUCCAAGUGUGAGGCUCAGAUUUUGAUGAAAAUUGGCGCAAAUUUAGAUGAAUUUUUUUUUGGAAAAAAUCGACACUUUUUUGACGAAUUUCUGGACGAAAGUUUACACAUCUAUUUCUAUCGUAUAGGGUAAAGUUUCCACAAAAAAACAGUCUUUUCCAUGCGGCACUGGCAAGGAUACGGCUAAAAAGUGUUUUUUAUCUCUGCGCACUCCGUAUUUCGCGUACUCUCUCUCCGAAAAAGAUCGUUCAAUAUCUCAGCUGCACCUGCAAAACAAGAGCUAAAAUUUUCAGGGAUUGAUAUGUGCCCUAUGUUCGAACUGUACGCAAAAUUUAAAGAGAAUAUGAGCGUCGUACUUGAGACACUUUCUUUUCUAUUUACAGGGGAAGCACUCCAAAUGCGACGCUCAGAUUUUGAUGAAACUUGGCAUAAAUUUAGAAUAAUUUUUUCUAAGAAAUAUGCGAGAGUCCUAGCUCGCGCUUCGCAGCAACAACCGAGAUUUUUAGAUCAAAAGUCGGCGAAAUUUUAGGAACUUUUGCCGAAUUUCGGCACGAAAAGUUUCAUGCCUAUUUCAGCCGUAAAGGCUAAUGUUUCUACAAAAAAUCAAAUUUUUCCGCACGAAACUGCCAAAGUUAUGGCCAAAAAGCGCUUUUCUCUCUGACCGCUCUCCACGUUUAGCGUGCUCUCUCGGCGGCAAAAAUCGUUUGAUAUCUCGGCGGCGCCCGCAAAGCGCGAGCUAAAACUUUCAGGAAUUGAUACUUAGUCCAUACCCGACGUGUGUGCAAAAUUUAAAGAAAAUCUGAGCGUCGCACUUGGAGCACUUCCUUUUCUAUUUAUUGUUAGAUUCAUAUUACUGGCGUGGAGUUGGAGCCGGCCACCGUCUACAUUGGCAAGAAAUGGCUGGGUUUCGAGGAGGGCCGACAAAUCCAAGUCCAUUACGAGGAUAGCACGGUCUUCAUUCGCAAUGCCAGCAGAAAUGGUGAGAGGUUUUGCUGUAAAACGACUUUGAUGAUUCAUUUUCAGGCCUGAAAUACGACUUUAUUUUGCUCGAUCUCUGCUACAACGACAUCUCCGAGGAUUACAAGUCACUGUGUCCGGUGAACUCGUACUGGGAAGAGGACACUGUCAAGGCCAAUUACGACGUUCUGUCGGAUGGUAUGUUGGGAAAUUUUUGGGUUUUUUUGAUUGAUAAUUGUCUGGAUUCAAUUUGGCUUUGUCUAUUUUUUAUUCUUUUUACUGUGAAGGCUUUGUAAAACGAACCUCCGCACUACAUUUCCUCUCUAUAAAGAACAAUUUCGGAGGUAAGCAAAGUCGAUUUUAUGCCAAAGUAAGUCUUUAUAAAACAAAACCUUUGUAUAACGAACAUUUUUUGGGGAACUUGAAAAACUGUACAGAGAUUUGACUGUUUAUUUGCACUUUUUCAGACGGAAUCAUCGCCAUGAAUGCUGUCACUGAACAUGGGUUUGAUGAUAAAGUCUUCAACGAGCUGAAACAGCUCUACAAACAGUAUUUCAGAUGGUGCCAGAUUUUUCAGAUCUCCAUGAAUCAUGUGAGUUAAGAAUUCCAUUUUUCAAUUCUAUUUUAGGCGAUGGUAUGUGGAAAGAAGGAAGAGCCAUCGACGGAUCUAUUGAAGUCAAGAUUCCAGAGUCUGAACGGAGAACUGAAGAAAAAGUUUGAUCUGCUGCGCGACUUUGAGUUCGAAGAGGUCUUUAGGCAAGUGUAUAUAGAGCGGAGAAGUGAUAGAGAGUUUGUUUUUAGAAGACGAUUUUUGGCUCGCUGCGUCAGCCAAUACGAGGGGCCGGACAUUCAAAAAAUUUUUUUUUGAGUUUUCUGGCCUAAAAUGUUGGUAUAGGUCACUAAAACACAUUCCCAAAAUUUUUUUGCCCAGUGAUGCCCGGAAGGUAGAAAUUUGCAUACGGUUUUAACCGUCCUUCUGAGCUCUGCUGUUGCCGUCGCAAUAAAGACAAUUUGACGAAACCGACACCAUAUAUGUUUUGGUGGAUGGCAAAUUCAAAAAUCGCAAUUUCAAGUCAGUAGGAUUACUGUAACAUACAGUUUUCGACCUUCGGUCGAUAAAAAUCGACCGUAUCUCCUUCAAAUCAAAAAUCCCACAAGAUUUUAUUGCAGAUUUGGAAUCAGCGUAAAAUUCUGGUCUAGGGGCAUGCAAUUUGCAUCCUUGAUUCCGUGGCAGAUAAAUCAUGGCGCAGUGGGUUUGGACGAAAACUAGUAAUCUGACGACCCUGGUUCGAUCCCCGCUGGAGACAAUUAUUGUAAAAAAGAUGGAAAUGACAUUUAAUGGAAUUAUGAGGGUUAUAUGAGCAACGCUGAGUAUUUUUAGACAUCAAUGGAACAUGAGUUUGAGGUUAGAACAGGGUUUAUAUUAUUUUAGUCUCGGAAUCCGUGAAAAAUAAAACUGCUUCAAACGGGCUGAAAUUGAUAACACCUAUUCUAGGAUUAAUUCUUAGAAACUUUUGUGUUAACUUUUUUUUGUUAGAUUACUGUAACUUGGAUUACGGUAACAUAAAACCCAAUUUUGUUUUUUCAUACCACAAGGCGCAGGGCCAUCGGAAUAUCACGAAGAUUGUAGGAAUAGUUAAGAACGAGUGGGUUUGCGCAUUAAUAGUUCGUUUAUGGCCGUACGUUUUGAAAUACCCGAGUUAUCUAACGCAAUAUCACCAAUGGAUGAUGAGAUUAAUUCACACUGAAAAUGAGUUAGAAUUGCAUUUUAAAUAUGAGGCAUGCCCGCUUUCUGCAGUUUGAAUAAUAUAGCCAAAAAAAAUUUUUAAUUUUAUGCGAAAAUUUUGAAGCAAUCGCCUUUAAGGAGGCCGAGCUUUUUGUUACCGUAAUUCACGUUACAGUAAUCUAACAAAAAAAAGUUAACACAAAAGUUUCUAAGAAUUAAUCCUAGAAUAGGUGUUAUCAAUUUCAGCCCGUUUGAAGCAGUUUUAUUUUUCACGGAUUCCGAGAGUAAAAUAAUAUAAACCCUGUUCUAACCUCAAACUCAUGUUCCAUUGAUGUCUAAAAAUACUCAGCGUUGCUCAUAUAACCCUCAUUAUUCCAUUAAAUGUCAUUUCCAUCUUUUUUACAAUAAUUGUCUCCAGCGGGGAUCGAACCAGGGUCGUCAGAUUACUAGUUUUCGUCCAAACCCACUGCGCCAUGAUUUAUCUGCCACGGAAUCAAGGAUGCAAAUUGCAUGCCCCUAGACCAGAAUUUUACGCUGAUUCCAAAUCUGCAAUAAAAUCUUGUGGGAUUUUUGAUUUGAAGGAGAUACGGUCGAUUUUUAUCGACCGAAGGUCGAAAACUGUAUGUUACAGUAAUCCUACUGACUUGAAAUUGCGAUUUUUGAAUUUGCCAUCCACCAAAACCUAUAUGGUGUCGGUUUCGUCAAAUUGUCUUUAUUGCGACGGCAACAGCAGAGCUCAGAAGGACGGUUAUAACCGUAUGCAAAUUUCUACCUUCCGGGCAUCACUGGGCAAAAAAAUUUUGGGAAUGUGUUUUUGUGACCUAUACCAACAUUUUAGGCCAAAAAACUCAAAAAAAAUUUUUUUGAAUGUCCCCGGCUGACGCAGCGAGCCAAAAAUCGUCUUUUAGUUAUAUCAGUCUGUCGGGGAAAUAAUGAGUCCUGUGUCGCAUCGAAUAUCGCAUUGCUGCUGAGAAAAUGAAUUGCGUCGCGGCAAAAUCGAAUGGAUUUUCCCUUUAGCGACGCGACAUCGUGAUCAUUAUUUUCCCGACAGACUGAUACUAGGACCUUCUGAAAACCAACCUCCGAGUAACAAGACCUGUCUAUAUCUUGAAGAAUUUCAGAGGUCGCAAGGGUCAAUUUCAGGCCAUAAAAUCAAAAAAAAAAAACUAUUCAUUCGUUAUACAAAGAAAUUGUAUAACGAUGCGGUUUAGGGAGACCCGCUAUUGCGUAAAAUUGAUUCUUGGCACCUCCGAUAUUCUUUAUUUUAGGCAGGUUCUGUUAUAAGGAGGUUCGUUGUAGGAGGAGGAAUCUUUAUUGCUAGCUGUAUAGUUAAUACAAGACUAUAUAGACCUAUCAAUUUUUACCUGCCAGUCCUAUUGGAAUCACAUUGUUUCAGAGCUCUUUCCGACGAGCCUGGAAGCCACCGUGCCGAGGAAUUGUAG